CUUGUCCAUCAUAGAUCGAGUCGACUCCUCAUUAUAGCAUGCUGGCCUUGAGCUAUUUAAGCAUCCUUCCCAGGGCAGGGAACCGAAGUAGAAGGUAGUGUCGCUCACUCGGAAGAAGCCACUGCAUUGGGACCUGCAAAAUUAGCGCCUGAAUCUAAACUCCUGGUGUUGCCAUUGCCCAUUGGCUCUCCGCAUUCUUUUUCCAUUGCAUUGCAGCAUUGCUCAAGGUCACUGCAGGUGUAAGCUCAUAGCUUCCUGGAACAAGACAGUCAUGGGCAUCAUCAACUGGGUGCAGAGCAGGUUCCAUGGGAAGACGGAGAUCAGAAGAUUCGAUGGCGCAGCCGUCAGAUCGUCUCGCGGUGCUGCAGUCCAGGAGGAGAGCUACCAAGCCGUUCCUGAAGCAGAGAAGCAUCUCAACGCCGACGAAUGGCCACAAGCCGGCCUCCUCUCCGUAGGCACGUUGGGAAAUGAAGAACCUCUGGUGUCAGGAGACCGCUGCACGGUGGAGGACCUGCCGGAGUUCACCGUGGAGGAGGUGGAGAAGCUCCAGGAUGCCCUGGCGAGGCUCCUCCGGCGCGCAAAGUCCAAGUCCAGCGCCCGCGGCUCCGGGGCUGGCGAGGACAGCCCGCCGCUGGACAGGUUCCUCAACUACCCGUCCAGCCUCGAGGUGGACAGGAGGGUUCAUACGAAGCAUGGUGACGGCGACGGAGAGAACGGCGACCUCUCGCCGGACACAAAGAUCAUACUGACCAUGGCCAGGGACCUGCUCACCAACACCAGCAAAGGCAGCACCAGGCACAAGUCGUUGAAGUUCCUGCUCAAGAAGGCCUUCGUCUGGAAUGGCGGCUUCACCACGCUGGCAUCAAGCUUGAAGGAUUUAGUGGAAUCAAGAAUGGAGAAGUUCUUUCGGACGGUGCUCGGGGAGAAGAUCAAUGCCAGGCCGAGCAACGGCACGACGGCAUCAAGGAAGUACUUCUUGGAGGAUCCAGCGAAGGGGAGGAGGCAAGGUGAUCGUCGUCGUGGCUGUGAGGAGGGGGAGAAAGAGGAGAGCUGCAGGUGGGACAGAACAGAUUCUGAAUUUAUUGUUCUGGAGAUAUGAAGUGAGAAGAACCAGGAUCCUAGUGAUGGGAGAUAGGAAAAACUCAUAGAAUCAAGAAGAUGAGCAAGCCAAAUUAAGUACAAAUGCACUAAACCUGCACAUUGCCCUUCUGAGUGCCAUUCGUAGUAAAACUGUAGUGUGGAUUUACCCUAUGUACAUGUGCACGCUUCACUAUCCAAACCACACAUUUGCAUUGAGUAGGUGCCGAGUGGGAUCGCCGUCAAAUUGUUCGGGAUGGGGAAAGGAAGAAGGGCUCAGAUGCAGCGAGCACGGACUUAGAACUGCUUGCACAUGGGAAAAUUUCCAUUUUACAUUA